UUCAGAUGCGCCCACUGACCAUCGUCCUUGUUAUCUAACGUAACUCAUAAAAUGAGUAUUCGUGUCCUCUAUUGGUGUUCGCCGGCGAAGUGGAGCUGCUCGACCACCGGUGGAACCAGCACGGUCUGGGGGGGCGACAACAUGGUGGGGAGUUGCAGAGAGGGGGGAUUCCACGGAUCUGGAAUUGCAGGAAGUGCCGAAGAUGCCUGCAAAGAAAGAGCACAAAGGAGGAAUCUCUACUUAAUGGGGCUUCACAUAAUCUGUCAGCCUGCACCAGAACCACACGGUCUUCUUUUAGAGGAUGCUGCUGCUCUUCAUUCUUCACAGAGUGGAAGGAACAGAUACCAUAGUAAAGUUUUAUCUGUAAAAGGUACAGCUUCUGCAUCAGCAUCAGAAUCAGUUUUUAUGCAUAGACCUUGA